UUUGUUAUAUUUAUUCAAUAUCAGCCUUGUAUUACUAGUGCAUUUCCUAUAGAAAAUCGUUUGCCAAUCAUCCAUUUUGACCAUAGUGUUCUCACUGAAAGCAAGUUGCCACUUACUUCAUUUGUCAUUUCCAGAAGAAACUAAUAACUGUGUGAAUUUUCGCUCAAUUGUUAUUACAUCAUACAUCACUACCUAUAGUGAUGUAUUAGGACAGACAGUACUGAAUGUGAGCCUGUUGCGGGAAGAGGAAUAACUUUAAAAAUCUAAACAAAAAUCAGUAUGUUUAUUAAGCAGAAAAUCUCUUAUGCUUUCUGUAUUUCAUACUCAAGAAAUAUUAAUAUUCACUGCUUCACUUGUGUAGUUUCAAAGACUGCAGUCAGAUAAGUAUUGUACUUAUUUUCUAUAUAUGUGAUUCUUUUCCCUCUGCUGACCAGUAGGCUGCUCAGUUCAUGAUGCCCCUGGAAUGGAAACAGUACAGUUGGUGUAAUAAUGACAAACUAAACUGUUUAAUCUGCAGGACUAUUUUAGUCAGCAUCACUUCAGGUUCAGCCUUUUAUGUGAAAUCACUUUUUAUGCUAUCUGCAGAGAAACUCCAAAGAAUUAUUAAGAGUUAUAAAUACUGAUCCAGGAAAUACUUUUGUGUACAUGACAGUAGAGAUUCACUUGUAUGUACUAGUUCAACCAUGACUUUGGUCUUAAAUUCAAGCAGAUUAAAAAAAUUUCAGAGAGCCAUGACAAAUAAAUAUUUGGCGCUUGGUCUUUGGAUCAUGUUGGUGAUCUGCUAUGUAGGCUAUAGAACCUUUCCCUGUGUCAGCUUUCUAGAGUGUGUGUGCUGCCCUGUUUUCCUAAGUUUCAUUUGCGUAGAAUAGCUAUAAAGCAUCUUGGUCUGGGAGAGAAACACUCAAACUGAAUCUGUUUCUCAAAUUAGGCUUAAUAUUUGGAAUGUGAGCAAUAGGAGGACUCUGGUAGUUAUUUCAAAUUACUGUUUUAAAAGGCAUCAGGUGUUUGCAUUAUUUACAGCAGAAGGCAUGCUGUCAGCACUUAGUUUUCCAGUGAAUGUUGGAGAAUAUAAAUCUAAAGAAGUGAUUCCUCACUAGUGGACUUGGACAUCACUUUAGGAAAGAAAAGACUCAGGCAUUGCAUCAGAAUGGAUUUUAUACCAUUUCUCUUUCCAAUGCUGUACCUGCCAUAUGCUUGCCAGCUUCCUUUAGUCAUCGUGAGUUUCCAAGUUGUGUUGGCUUCUGGCCACACAUCCCCAUGUUCUUGUUUCUAGAGAGCAGAAGUAUUUGGCCUGAUCCCCUUGGCUACUCUUGCUCUCUCUUGCAUCAAGGUAAAUUGAAAAGACUUGUACCUAAGAGUUUUAUGUAUAUUAUCCAAUUUGGAAGUCCCCUUCACCCUGAGAAUUAGAACAAGGAAAAGUCUAGUACGGUGCACCUGGCUAGCCAGAGGUAUAUAAUGUGUGUAGUGUGACUAUCAUCCAACUAUCAUGAGAAAGCACAGUUUUCAGCAUAGGUACUCUUAUCUAAAAUCAAAUUCUACUAAUGUGAAUGAAAGGCUCUUGGUUUUAUUUGCUGCUAAACAAGUCCUCACAAGGCUUUGAGCAAACAACAUGCAGUUCUUGCACCUGACAGUGAUUAAGACAGUAAUAAUUCACAUUUAUGUACCUAUGUUCUUUCACUUUUCUUUGAACCGAUCCAGAUGCUUUCUUUCAAAACUUGUAGUACAAAACGACUUCUAUUGUUGAUGUAGUUUUACUAGUUUUCUUUGUUCUCAGGUGAUAUAUUGAGCUCUUAGAACAGUGUAUUUGAAUGCAGGAUAUACAUGGAGCAAGAAGGAAUUUGUCUUUUUAAAAAAUAAAAGAGAGUUACAGAAGAGUUACAACUUCUGUUCUCAGAAGUUGUAACUAUUUACCUUAAUUUUUAGUUAUAACUAGAAAAUUAUAGAUAAUUCAAUCUACAAGAAACUAAACUGUAUUACUUUUUCAGAAGUGUCAAUUUGAAUUCUCACAUCUUACCUUUCUCUUUAUUCCCUGUCCAUUUUGUGUAAAAAACGAUAAAUGUUUGUGUACACUUAAAAGUAGUUCCCCCUAAACCUUCUUCUAGUGCAUCCCGCAGCGAGGCUUUGUCUAAAUUCAAAAUGCUGGAAAAAUUUCAUAAGGACAAGAAAGAAUUGUACUUAAACAAAGAAGAAGGAAGCCUUACUUCUGACAGUCCAGACGAUUCUGAGGGAAUGCUUGGAGCCACUGGAAACUUUGUCAAGAUACAGAACGCUUCACAGCCUACAGAGGAAAUUGAUGAGAAGAUGCAGCUUCAGAGAAGUAAUGGGGAUCUUGUCUCCUUAAGUAGAGACAGCCUGGAGACAAAUGGUUCGGUUUUAGCUUCUGGGCCUAAUCAAAGUGUUGUGGGAUUUGGAUUGGAUACUUUGGAAGAGCAAGAAGAAAAAGAGAUCUUCUUUGCCAAACUUGAACAAGAAGCUUCCUCUACUGUUGAUUAUUCAAGACUAAAUAAAGACCUGGAUUCCCAUGAUUCUGUAUUACUAGCACCAUUUGUACGAAAUGAAAAAACUGAAAAAGGCGAAGAAUCCACACAUGAAGAGAAAUCUGGCAGCUACAGUGAAGAUUUUGAAGAAGAAACAGAUGAUAAUCCUGUCUUGAAAACUGAGGGAAGCCAGGUGAAUCAGAACAUCGUGUCAGGAGUGGAUUUAAGUCCUCAAAAACAGGAAGAAGCAAAUGCUGGCAUGCUAGCUAAAGUUGUAUUACUUGAUUCACAAGACUCAACUACAGAAUUUCCAAAGGCUGUUGAAACAUCAGAUGCAGCUCUAGGUGAACAUGAUCUACCUGAAGAAGUCAGUGGAAUUGAAAUGAAUGAAGCAGGCGCUUCCUAUGGACGAACCACUAGUGACAUCGAAGCGCUACACCAAGCGUACCACCAUAUUGAUCAGUCUUUGGGAGACACUGAUGAACAAAAAUUGCAGGAUUCUGCAAUGACAGUCUCAGAAUGCUUAGUGCAAGGUGCUUCACAAAAUAAUGACAUCUAUCCAAAGAACAUGUCAACUAUUGAAUCAGACUUACCUACUGUGGAAGAAUUGAUGAAACCAAUUAAAGGGCAUUCAUGUAAUAUUAGAAGUUUUGAUGUGGAGCCUGAAAGUCCUGUGAAACUGGUAGGCAGCACAGCAAAUGACCUUUUCAGCCACUCACCCACUAAGGAGCACCAAAAUAACACAGCUUGGGAGACAAACUUAUUUGAAAAAUUUAACAGAGAAGAGAGCAUCUUGCUGCAGAGAGCUGUGAAUGAUGAUAACUUUCAGAAGGUGACUGAGAAAGAAAUUCAGACCAGUGAAUUGCAGCCUGAUGUACUAAGAGAAAAAAUAGCACAAGACUCUCUGCUUUCACCAAAAGGCAACAAAACUAAACAAGCUCUUCAGUCUUGUUCCUUGAAGAAUGAGAGAUCAGAACCAGUGACAACUAAACCAGUGUCAUACAAGAACAUCAGAAGUCCAGCAUCUUUACAUAAAAAGAAAUCUUCAUAUGGUCCUCCUGGAGCGGUUAGAAGUUCUGGGUACGGGAAACCCACUUCAGUCUCAAAUCAAUCUUUUACAGCUAAUGAAAAGAAAGCACCAAAAGAAACUUUCAAAAAGACCAGUGUGAAAGCCAAAAGUCCUGCUGAUAGAGCGAGAUAUAAAGAAGCCUUGUUUGCUACUAGGAUAAUAAGAUCUGCAACAAAGGAACCAUCUUCAAAGGGGAGCAUUAACAGAAUUAUGUCUGGCCAAUCAGUUGUUAACAAUCUUGGACACCAAGCUGUGGAUUAUUGCAGGCAAUAUCAGCGUGAUUUAUCAUUUUCUCCUACCAAAAAUUGUGAUAGAGAACUAUAUUUGCUAAAGCGAGUGCAAGUUGCAGAGGACGACCUGAACACAGCUCGUGAAUUGAUUCAACAGCUGACCAGCACGGUUUCAGAAAAAGAGAAAGAAAUAGAGACAAAGAUGGUAGAACUUAAAACACAGCACGAAAAAGAGCUUUCUCGGUUGGGUCAGGAAAAUUACGUUCUUCAGAGUAAGUUGAGAAGUAUGGAAGAGCUGACUCAAGGAAAGAGAUGGACCCAUCAUACAGCAACAGUUCCUGUCACUGAAGAAAAACUGGCACAAAUACAAAAAGAAAUUGAAGAUCAAGAGGUCAUUAUUCAAGGUUACCAACAGGAAAAUGAGAGGUUAUACAAACAAAUGAAAGAGCUACAGAUCCAAAACAAAAAAAAUGAGGAACGAAUGUAUAAGGAGAAUCAGUGUUUAAUGUCUGAAUUAAUAGCCUUAAGAGAAAAGACAGCGAAGACUAAUAAUAUCCAGUCACAGAUUGUGCAGAAUUCUGAACCAGCCAGAAACUGGAGUUUCACGGAACUGAUGUCAGAGCUUCGAAUGGCACAGAAGGAAGAAACUAAAUUACAAGAAGAGAUAAGACGUCUCAAACAAGAUAAGCAAGCUCUUCAGGUAGACUUGGGACAAGCAAAGAAGGAGAGAGAUUUAGCAAAAGUGCAGAUUGCAUCCACAUCAGAUGAGAAGUCUUAUGAAUUUAAAAUGAUGGAAGAAUCAUACAAACAGGAAAUUGCUCAUUUAAAAAGAAGACUUCAGUGGUAUGCAGAAAAUCAAGAUAUUCUGGAUAAGGAUGCAGCUCGUCUUAAAGAUGCAAGAGAAGAAAUUGAGAAACUAAAACUAGAGGUUGAGAAGCUCAGAGCUGAAGCUGGAGAUCAGUGUGUGCAACAGAAGAAACGUUCACAGGACAGAGCAGCAGAUGCUAAAAGAAUUCAAGACCUUGAGCGACAAAUCAGAGAAAUGGAAGGAAUUCUCAAAAGAAGAUAUCCAAAUUCCCUGCCUGCUUUGAUUUAUGCUGCUGCUGCUGCUGAGAAAACUAAUGAUCUUUCAGCUAAAACAAAAACAGUUGAUUUUUUGGAGAGAAGAAUAAAAAAGUUAGAAACAGAACUUGAAGGUAAAGAUGAUGAAGCUAAAAAAAGUCUCCGUGCCAUGGAACAACAAUUUCAAAAAAUAAAGAUGCAGUACGAGCAAAGACUUGUAGAGCUUGAGCAGCUACUUGCCUACAAAUUUGUGAGUGAAUCACCAACACUGAACGGUGAUAAAGCCCAAUCUACAGAACUUGAACAGGAGCUUCAGAAUCUAAGGAAAACCCAUCAGAUCACUGUUAAAAACCUCCAGACAGAAAUUGAAAACCUUAGAAGUCAAAAUUCCCAAUUAAAACUCAGAAGUAAAAAGGAUAAUAAAGACUUACAGUCCACGGACUCUCCAAUUAAGCAAGAUAACACGAAAGACAGACUGUUAAAACUAAAUGAAGAACUGGUCACCAAAAACAGAGAAAUACAAGACCUUACAAAAACUAUAGAGAAACUUCAAAAAGAAAGGAUGAUGAUGUUGUCUGAUAAUAAUUUGAGAAAUAAAACUGAUAAUAAGGAAAACUCUACAGAGAUCAUGAAAAAGAAUACCUCGGCAACAGACAAAAGGAACUCCAGCAACAGUGAACCCUUCCAAAGGAUUUUCAACGAUGACAAAGUAUACCGACCAGAUGCCUUUUCCGAUUCUAAUCUCUUGGAAGUUCUCCAAGAAAAUGCACAGCUGAAAGAGGAGCUAGAAAGAUUGUCUCUAGAAAUGAACCGGCAGAGGGUGAAGUCUCAAGCAACACUGGCUUAUUCUGAAAAUAGCAUACGAAGGAUGCAGGAAGACACGGCAGAAUACAUUGCAUCUCUGAAAGCCUCCCAUCAGAGGGAAGUGGAGAAGAUUAUUUGCCAGCAUGCAAAGGAGCAUUCUACUUCUAAAGUAGCUGAACUAAACAGCAGAAUUUCAACACAAGAGAUAUUAAUAAAACAUCUCCAAGAGCAAAUCAGUGAACAACAGAGACAUCAGGAAGCCCUUCUAAUUUCACAGAUGCGAGAGGAGCUCCUACAAAAAGAGGUGACAAAACUGUUGGAAGAACUGAGGGAGGCUAAGGAGAGCCAGAGUCCUGAAAUGAAACAUUUCCUGUGCCUGGAAAAGAAAAUCAAGCAUAUAGAGACCAGACGUGCAGAAAGAGAGCAAGAAAUUCAAAAGGCAACGCAACUGACACAACAUCUCAGCGAGGCUCGGCAAACCCACGAGGCUGAGAAGUGGCGAAGACUGGCACAGCGGAAGAACCAAGAACUGGAGAAAUUUCGAGUGGAAUUGGAUUCAAUAUUAGAUGUUUUACGUGAACUGCAGAAACAAGGGGUGGUUAUUCCUGCGCCUAAUUCCAGUGGAUUCAGCAUGACAGACGGCUGCUGGAAGACAUCUUAGGUAUGAGUUGAUUAGAGAAGCAGAAUAUUUGAAGUUAUGUAUAGACAAUAUUGUUGAAAAUCAUUAAUGUAACACUUGUAAAUUUAAUUACAUUCUGUUCUGGAAUCCUGCUUGUCCAAAAGUAGAUUUGCACUGAGCAACACCCCAGUCAUAUCGUAUGUCUUAUAUUUCACUAGAAAUAAAGCUACAUGCCAUUUAGAAAAAAAAAAAUAGGAAUAUUGAGGUUAUUCUACAAACUCAAUUACCAUUGAGAAAAUCCAUUUGAUGCUUUUGCAGAUACUAUAGAACAUGCCUGAAUAUUUUUAACUUUUGUUUAUAACUUGUUGCACCAUGAUUCCUUUGUGCGCAAUUUGCGCAGUAUGCUGUUUGGCUUGUAUUUUUAGUAUAUAGAGUUACUAUUUUUCAUUUGGUAGGGCAUGAAAAUCCUCCUUUUUCCAACAUUUUGUUUCUCGCCAUCCAAUCCAUAAAACACUCCUUCCCUUAUCCUAAAGACUCCUUUCAACUUUGUGAAUGAGUGGAGGGCUGGAGCAGAGCAGGUGUUCUCACAUGAUGACCAAAUUCAAACUCUUCUCUGUUUACACUGCAGAUAUUUCCAGCUGUGCUGGUAAGAACAAUGGCAGAGUGGUCAAGCUGAAUUGUUAUGGGACAGAUAUGAAAAAAAGCCUGUAAAAUACAGUGUGAGAGUAGUUUUUGGUAUCCCUUUUAAAAGGGAAGGCUAUAUCGAUGAUCUUUACAGAAUAAAGAGGCCAAUUGAAUGUGAAGACAGGGAUAUGUCAGUGGGGAAAUUUACAGUUAAAACACUGACCAAAUCGGAAAAGGGGACAGGAAAAAAGAAAUAGUCUUCAGUAUUGACAAAGGAGACUAGCAUGCAGAAGUGGGAAUAAUCUGACACCCAAAUACUGAACGUGGAUAUAACUUUCUGCUGAACUGACAGGCACCACAGCAGGUACCAAGCUGAGUUUUAGAUGGUUGCCUUCUCCCUCUCCUCUCAUGCCCAGCUGGAGUUUAUACACCUCAGUGUAGAGCCUGUAAGAUACUAGACAGCAUAGGAGCAAUUCCUACUGCAUCACUAACAUGUAAUUUAGUGUGCUAAGCUUUUGGUCCCUUGUUUCAAAAAAGAGAUGGACCAGCUCCAGGGAAGAGAACAACCAGCAAUAUAUUUGGUGGCUGUAAUGACAAGUUUUUCAAACAAUAAAAUCAAUAAAUUGCUAGUUUGAAGUCUCAGCACUGCCAAGUCUUUACGAAUUCCAUAGAACGUCUAUUAAGGUUGUAGAUAAUUAACUGUACUUAUUUAUGGCCAAGAGAAGAUAAAAGCUAGGAUCUACUGUUCAGGUAUUGGUUGAAGCCUUUAAUUCGUGUGAAAUAGUUCGAGUCUGUGUAUAUGUAUUUACGUGUCAUGCUGCUUCAGGGACCAGCAGUAAGCAUGCAUUUUUGGCAUAUACAGGCAUGUGACUGAGCACACAUAAAGAACAAAAUAGUAUAACAAAUUAUACUAUCUAGACAGAGACAGUAAGCAACAGUUGCUUGGGUGUGGGUUUUUUUUGAGCAUACACACAAAGUGAGAUUGUAUACACAUAUAUAGAGAUAUAAAAAAGCAGUCAGUUAACAAUUAAUAUAGUAAUCUUGGUUGCUUCAUAUUCAGAUAUUUUCAGUAUUUUUAGUAUGGGUAUUUUGUCCCCCAGUAAUGAAGUAUUAGUCUUUAUUAAUAAAAUGUGUAAAUACAAUCAUGCUUUGUAUAUAAAAUAUCAGCUAUAUGUAAAUAUGCUCUAUUUUCUUGAUUUGGGACUGUUUUACAAAUGAAAAAGGAUAAAACUGACUAAUUUCAACUUACCAUUUAUUUCCUGUAGAAUGUGCUGUGUCUGUAAUACUGUCUUGUGUGCAGCAACCCUUGUGUUGCCAGUUGCCAGGAUCUCUCUCAAACGUAGAAUCCUUAGGUCAUCAAGAGUGUUGCCUUAGUACUCAUGCAGUUCAUUCAAACACCUCUUAAAAUUCUUAUAUUAGAUUCUCAGCAAAUGCUGGUAUCUUACAUAGAGAGAGAAUUUAAUUUGAAAUUUAUUUCAAGCUAAGUCUUGUUUACUGAGCAGAGACAGUACUAUUUACUGUUUCUAUAAGUUACAAUAUGGUUUAUACUGUGUUCUUACGGGUAUUUAUGUAGCUGUACACUCACUGAGUUUUCAGGCAUCUACCAUGAAGUGGGCACUCUACACAGUAACAGACUGUCUCUGCUCUUGAAUGGUGUCGCCAUGAUGCUCUUUUUGGAGAGCUAAGGGCCAAGAUUUAAAUUCUAUGCUCAAGAAUUUAUAGUUCUUGACUUUCCAGCAGACUUAACCCUGCUGAAAGGGAAAAAACACCCUGAAACAGAGCAAAAAGGCUGACAAAACAGGUUAUUAGCUUUUGAUGUAUUCCACUGAGGAUUUCAGUAGGAUCUUUCAGAGAAUUAUAUACUCUUGUGUGUUUUUCCUUUUUUUAAUGCCAUGCUAUUUAGUCACACAUUUUCAUAAGGCAUUAUAAUGAAUGGAUUAAAAGAAUCUGAAACAUAA